UGUUUUAUCAAUUGGUAAUGUUAUUCUGUAAGUUAACUCUCAAGUGGGUAUGUAAUAUCCCUUGUAAAUUUGAUUAAAAUUACUAGUAGAUUUAAUCUUAAUGAUUUGAGGGUCCUAGGUAAAUGAUACUGUUAGUGCAGUUCAGAUAACUGAGGCCUCUUCUCUAUAUCCCUUCUGUUGCAAAGGUUUCCUAAAUCUGUCUUCACUUUAGAGUCAAAGGGUUAAGGUAUCUCCAAAUGGCUGUAAUAAUGGCUUUGCAUGGUAGUUUUUGUCAUAAUAUAGAGUUGGCAAAUCCGCAAAGAGCACUAGACAACCUCAGUUUUUCAGGCUCAAUUUCUGUUCAUAAAUUGUCAAAGAAUAAAAGGUCAACAUCUGAUAAGUCAGGGAAUGAUAAAUUUCCCAAACUCCUGGUGGAGAUGAGACAGACAGAAUUGCCUCCAUCAAAAUAUGGUAUCAAUGGUAGAGCUGUUAAAUUGGUACCAGCAAGUGAGAUAGUGAAAAGAAAGACAACGUCAGAGAAUAAAGUGGAGAUGGGGAGGGGUUCAAAGCAAGGUGUUAACGGAGCAAGUUUGGUAAGAAGAGAUCCUACCCCAGCCUUGACAAAGACAAUGAAAUCCAGAACCUCUAAAGAACUCCCACCGUUGGAAGAGCUAAAAGUUUUGCCCUCAGAUGAAGGCUUCAGUUGGGCCAAUGAAAAUUACAAUUCCUGGCAGAGGUCUAUUGAUGUUUGGUCUUUUGUUAUUUCUUUACGCAUUCGUGUUCUGUUGGAAAAUGCAAAAUGGGCAUAUUUGGGUGGCUUUACUGAAGAAAAGCAGAAAAGCAGAAGGCAGAAAACUGCUUCAUGGCUAAGGGAGUGUGUAUUACAGCUUGGUCCAACUUUUAUUAAACUUGGACAGUUAUCAUCAACAAGAUCAGAUCUAUUUCCCCGUGAAUUUGUGGAUGAGCUUGCAAAAUUGCAGGACAAGGUUCCUGCUUUCUCCCCAGAAAAAGCAAGAGGCUUUAUUGAGAGUGAAUUAGGAGCUCCCGUUAAUGUAUUGUUUAAAGAGUUUGAAGAUCGGCCAAUUGCUGCUGCUAGUCUUGGUCAGGUUCAUCGUGCUAUCCUGCACAAUGGAGAAAAAGUAGUUGUCAAAGUUCAAAGGCCUGGCCUGAAAAAGCUUUUUGACAUUGACUUGCGAAACCUAAAGCUGAUAGCAGAGUAUUUUCAGAGAAGUGAAACUCUAGGUGGUCCAACUAGAGAUUGGGUCGGUAUAUAUGAAGAGUGUGCAAUGAUUUUGUAUCAAGAAAUAGAUUAUAUAAAUGAAGGGAAGAAUGCUGACAGGUUCCGCCGAGAUUUUCGAAACAUAAAGUGGGUCCGAGUACCUCUGGUUUAUUGGGAUUAUACUGCAACAAAGGUGUUGACCUUGGAGUAUGUGCCAGGUAUCAAAAUAAAUCAAGUGGAUAUGUUAACUUCACGUGGUUAUGAUCGAUUACGGAUCUCAUCACGUGCUAUUGAGGCAUACUUGAUUCAGAUAUUGAGAACAGGUUUCUUUCAUGCCGAUCCACAUCCUGGAAAUCUUGCUAUUGAUGUUGAUGAAGCAAUUAUUUAUUAUGACUUUGGCAUGAUGGGGGAGAUAAAAUCAUUCACACGUGCGAGACUGCUUGAACUGUUUUAUGCUGUUUAUGAGAAGGAUGCCAAAAAGGUUAUGCAAUGCCUUAUAGAUCUUGGAGCACUCCAACCUACUGGGGACUUGUCAUCGGUAAGGAGAUCUGUACAGUUUUUCUUGGACAAUCUUCUAAGCCAGACACCAGAUCAACAGCAGACUUUAUCUGCAAUUGGGGAGGAUUUAUUUGCAAUAGCACAAGACCAACCAUUCCGUUUUCCAUCUACCUUCACCUUUGUUAUUAGAGCAUUUUCUACACUUGAAGGCAUAAGUUACGUACUCAAUCCAGAUUUCUCCUUUGUGAAGAUUGCUGCACCUUAUGCACAGGAACUUUUAGAUAUAAGGCAAAAGCAGCGCACUGGGCCACAACUUGUGGAACAGUUUAGGAAGCAAGCAGAUGAUGCAAGAACCAAUUCCAUAUCAAUGCCAUAUAGAGUUCAAAGAAUAGAGGAGUUUGUAAAGGAACUUGAGGCAGGGGAUUUGAAACUUCGAGUCCGGGUGCUUGAGUCUGAAAGAGCUGCUCGGAAAGCAACAGUAUUACAAAUGGCUACUAUAUAUACGGUAUUAGGAGGAACCUUGCUAAAUCUUGGUGUCACUUUGAGUAGCCAAGGCAAUCAAGUUUUUGCCAAUGUAUCAUUACUUGGUGCAGGUGUUUUUUUGACGCUAUUUUUCAGGUCCAUGCAAAGGGUAAAGAAGCUUGAUAAGUUUGAGAAAAUGAUAUAAUUUUAUUCCCAACAAAACUCAUUUCCUUCAAGCAUGUGCAAAUUAGUUUUAUCUCCAUUUUCUUACCUUAAACAUUAACAUUCACAUUUUUUACAUAAGCAUACACAAAGCUAAGUUUUACAGAAACAAGAUUGGAGGGUGAUGAAAUGCAAGAAACUAUUCCUCCAUGAUAAAGACAAUAUAGUUUUGUAAGUAGAAAAGAAAUUUGUCAUUUAACCAUGAAUAUUAUAGUUAGCUAUACAACUUUUUGUUGUCCUCAUUUUCAUCCUAAAUAGUAAAU